AAUGCCACGUUGCACAUGGAGUCAACUUUGCGGUCAGGUGGCUCUCAGGCACAUAAAAGGCUUGCUUUACACAGCUCACAUCACCACGAGUCUGACAACUCACCGCGAACAUGUCGACGCUUUGUCUCCUCCUGGUCGUGCUCGUCGCAGCCGUCGCCGUCGAUUCUUAUCCAGUUGUAUACGGAGGAAAAUCGUACGGAUAUGGUGGCUAUGGAAGCUGGCCCUCGUAUGGCUGGUAUAGCGGGUACGGUGGGGACGGCGGGUACGGUGGAAAAGGCGGAUACGGUGGAUACGGUGGAUACGGAAAGGGUGGAUACGGUGGAUACGGAAAGGGUGGAUACGGUGGAUACGGAUACGGUGGAUACGGUGGAUACGGAAAAGGUGGAUACGGUGGAUACGGAAAGGGUGGAUACGGUGGAUACGGUGGAUACGGAGGCUAUGGAGGCGGGUACGGUGGCGGCUACGGUGACGGCUACGGUGGCUGGUAUGGACACGGUGGCGGGUAUGGACACGGUGGCUGGUAUGGACACGGUGGACACGGUGGAUACGGUGGAUACGGACACGGUGGCUAUGGAGGGUCAUAUGGAUCCGAUCACUACGAUAGCUCCGAUUAUUAAUCGGCGUCUGGAUAUGAUAACGGCGGUGGACAUGGCAAACUGUUCCCUCGGACUGAACGCUUUACAAACUACGUUGCUGCCAUUACUUAGCUGCGAUUUCAUGAACCCACUUAUUGUUAAUUCUCACAGUCAUUUGCAAAGACGGCUUUAUACGCAAUCAUAUUAGCACAAAUAAAAUCUCAUAUCAAUAAACUGUGGGUGCGUGUUUCAUUGCAAUGGGAAGAGAUGCGAGUAAAACCUCAUGUCAGGGUGUUAAGGGUGUGGGAAGAAGGCAGGAGAAUGGGGUUAUGAGGGUGAGAUGCGUAAAGGUGGAGAACUAGAUUUGAUGGGCCGAAUGGCCGAAUUCAUUUCCUAUCGCUUAUGAAAACAGCGCGUAUCUUGCAUGCAUUUCAAGUCAACUUCAAGUGAGUUUCUUGUCAUGUGUCCCUGUAUAGGACAAUGGAAUUCUUGCUUUGCUUCAGCACACAGAACAUCGUAGGCAUUGACUACAGAACAGAUCAGUGUGUCCACAUACCAUUAUAUAAAUAUAUACACACACAUGAAUAAAUAAACUGAUGAAAUGCAAAUAACAGAUAAUGAGUUAUUAAUAAUCAGAGUUUUGUCCGAGCCAGGUUUAAUAGCCUGAUGGCUGUGGGGAAGUAGCUAUUCCUGAACCUGGACGUUGCGUAACUGACAUCAUAGAAACAUAGACAAUAGGUGCAGGAAUAGAGGCCAUUCGGCCCUUCGAGCCUGCACCGCCAUUCAACAUGAUCAUGGCUGAUCAUCCAACUCAGUAUCCUGUAUCUGCCUUCUCUCCAUACCCCCUGAUCCCUUUAUGCCCCUGUCCCACUUAGGAAACCUGAACGGAAAUCUCUGGAGACUUUGCCGGUUUUUGUCAGUCUCCCUACCUGCUUCCACUACCUGUAACCUCCGGCAACCGCCUGCAACCUCCGGGAACCGCACGGAAACCUUGGGUGGGGCGCAAAGUCUCCAGGGGUUUCCGUUCAGGUUUCCUAAGUGGGACAGGGG